AUGGCCUAUGUCCUGGCUGGGGCAUCUCUGUCCCGGCUGGUAUUGGCGACCGACUGUCAUGAUGCCAAUGUUGAUGACUUGACAGACGCAUAUACUGCUAGCUCUAAGUCAGAGUUAUCAUCUGGGUUACGAUGGUUUUACUGUGCAGGCCUGGGAGUUGCUUUACUUUCCAUGAGCAUCAUAUCCUUAUGCCACGUCCAUAAAGAAUUUGACGGCGAGCGUAUUGGGAAGCGUUACCGGAUCUCCGUACGAGUCUCUGUGGCUAUCAUUCUCAUCUUCCUACCACUAGCCGACUCUCUUAGCUCGCUGAAACUAGUAUCUAUCACAACUGGGUUAAUAGUGCUCACGUUGAUGAUUGAUGUUUAUGGAUCAACGUCAAUACAUGAUGAUUUCUGGAAGUGCACGACACAAUGCAGGUACCGCGCAAAUUGCCACAUUAAGAAGAAGUUGGCCAUGGACGCAGUCAAAAAGGGGGCGACCAUCAGAUUGGAUGAGGUUCGACUUGAAAUAGGUCGUGAAAAAGCCUACUAUGAUCAAGUCUGA